UGUUAUUUCAUAUACACAUCCGUUUAUCAAGAGCAUUACAUUCUUUCUGUCUCAUAUUAAAAAACUCAAGAUGUCUUGGCUCUUUGGUAGAAAGAAACACAAGGAUUCACCUCCUAGUUCUAGGGAUGAACAAGAGGAACAGCUCACUUCAGAUUUAAAAGAUGAUUUCCUAGUGGUCGAAAAGAGGAGCUCCUCAUUGCCAUCUGAAGUUGGAAACCAGGAUACGUCUUAUCCCAGCGGAUUGUAUCCAUUUAUUGGUGGUACGCCAAUGAACCCCGCACUGUCAGAUCUUAACUUGCCUAAGCGAAGUCAACAAGUAGACGUACCACAUUAUCUAAGUGGAGUACCGUUCAAGUUAUGUAAGCAAUUGGAAAGUAAAUUGAACGACAAUUUGGAAAUUGAUGGCCUACGAAUUAACGAAAUAUUAUCUUUUGUUGAGAGAUUGGAAAAUCAAAAUUAUGAUUAUGACUUUUCUCUUGAGGCAAAUGUUAUCAGGGAAUUAUCUUCUAUUGCAGACAAUGAGUAAUUUGAAAUACAUUCCAUUGUUUCUGCUGGAACUGUAUUUUCUCUAAAUAUGACUAUGUAAUAUUGCUGUCGCUUGUUGAUGUUAUGCCAUAAGUUUUAAAAAAUUCCUAUAGCUAUAUUUUUUAUGUAAAGAACAAUGUGAGAUUAAGUGAUAUGUAGUUAUAGAUAAAAAUAAAUUAUGAAUUAAAUAAGUUAAGUGUAUGUGGUUAAACUCAAGCAAGGAAAGGAAGCAAAGAAAAUUUAUUGCCAUGUGUACAUAUAUACUUACUUAAAGUAUAUUCAGGUGUUGUAUUUUUUUUAAUGUGAAAGACUAUUAUUGUAUACAGUAAAAAAGAAAAAAUAUAAAUUUAGAUUGUUAUAUUAUGCUCUUGCAACAAUAUCCUUAUUUACACACAAAUACAUAUAAAAAUUAACAAAGUUGAGUUGUUUCAUAUAUUACAGAUAGUAAGUUAAAAAUGGCAUGACUAUGUACAUAUUUUUUUUUGCCCAAUUCAACAUUCUUUUUUAUAGACAUUGUGUAAUAUGAAGAAGUGCCAUUCUAUUUAAAUUUAAAUAAUCUCUACAUCUUAGAUAUUCUUAAAUUUUCAUAUAUCGACGAAUAUAUACAGUUACACAUCUAAAAGAGUAAGAUAAAAUUUGUGUUUUAAUACAUUCCCACGGGUUACCGAUAAACCGCAGAGGUGAAUGAGAUAUAUUUAAAACAAUUUUAUAAAUAUCUUAUAACUAAUUUUAUAACUCAUAUAACAUGAA